UAAUUCAACUUUUAUGUGAUCGUUCAGUAGUUUGGGUUAGGGCUGGUAGGGUUUUGUGAGAGGAAAACCAGAGUAGAACCAGAGAGGAAGAGAAAAAAGAAGACGAAGCGAUGAGUCGUAGCUUGGGAAUACCAGUAAAGCUACUGCACGAAGCAGCAGGUCAUAUAGUCACAGUGGAGUUGAAGAGCGGAGAGCUCUACAGAGGGAGUAUGAUUGAAUGCGAAGAUAACUGGAAUUGUCAGCUCGAAAAUAUCACAUUCACCGCCAAGGAUGGAAAGGUGUCACAACUUGAGCAUGUUUUCAUCCGAGGUAGCAAAGUCAGGUUUAUGGUCAUACCUGACAUGUUGAAGAAUGCUCCGAUGUUCAAAAGGCUUGAUGCUAGAAUCAAGGGGAAGGGCUCAUCUCUUGGAGUUGGUCGUGGUCGUGCUGUUGCAAUGCGGGCUAGGGCCCAGGCUGCUGGACGUGGUGCUCCUCCUGGUAGGGGUGUUGUGCCACCUGUACGAAGGUAAUCUUUUGUUCGGGAAGGAAUUGUGGUCACUUUUGACGAUGGGCAGUACUCUCAAGUAUCCCCAUCUUUGGUGGCCCAAAGAGAGAGGUGGUGCAAGUAAAGAGUUUAUUCUUAGUCGAUGUCAUCUGAUUUUCACCUGAUAAUUCUCUUUGGAUGCUUGGUUGCGCUACAUGUUUUUCUGUGUACCCUUGCUAAUUCAAUGAUCUGGACGCUUCGCUGAAAUGUUUUAUGGAAUAGGGUACUGUACUGGACUACUGGUGUAGUAGAGUUGAAAUUUGACAGGACCUAAGUAUAAUUUUUUUUCCCUGCCUUCAAUACAUUGGACCAUGCAUGUACUUUCGCACAUUCAAGAUGGAAGAAAUCACUAA